UCUGUGUGAGAGUGAACAACCGUCCAAAUGGCUCAACAGGGAGAUCUGCUGGACCAGGACCAGUUCUGUUGUUCUGUCUGUCUGGAUCUACUGAAGGAGCCGGUCACUAUUCCCUGUGGACACAGUUACUGUAGGAGCUGUAUUGAGGGCUGCUGGGAUCAGGAUGUUCUGAAAGGGGUCUACAGCUGUCCUCAGUGCAGAGAGACCUUCACUCCAAGGCCUAAUCUGAGGAAAAAUAACAUGUUGGCUGAGCUGGUGGAGAAACUGAGGAAGACAGGACUCCAGGCUGCUCCCCCUCCUGCUCUGUGCUAUGCUGGACCUGGAGAUGUGGCGUGUGAUUUCUGCACUGGGACCAGAAAGCAGAAAGCCCUCAUGUCCUGUCUGGCAUGUCUGGCCUCUUACUUUGAGACUCACCUCCAACCUCACUAUGAAUUUCAUCCUUUGAAAAAGCACAAGCUGGUCAAAGCCACCGCACAACUACAGGAGAAGAUCUGCUCUCAUCAUGACAAACUGCUGGAGGUUUACUGUCGUACCGAUCAGCAGUGUAUCUGUUAUCUGUGUACAAUGGAUGAACAUAAAGGCCAUGAUACAGUGUCAACUGCAGCAGAGAGGAAUGAGAAACAGAGGCAGCUGGGGAUGAGUCAGCAGAAGGUCCAGCAGAGAUUCCAGGAGAGAGAGAAGGAGCUGAAGGAGCUCCAACAGGCUGUGGAGUCUUUCAAGCGCUCUGCACAGGCAGCAGUGGAGGACAGUGAUCAGAUCUUUACUGAGCUGAUCCGCUCCAUUGAGAGAAGGAGCUCUGAGGUGAAGGAGCUGAUCAGAGCCCAAGAGAAGGCUCAAGUGAGUCAAGCUGAAGGACUCCUGGAGCAACUGAAGCAGGAGAUAGCUGAGCUGAGGAAGAGAAGCACUGAGCUGGAGCAGCUCUCACACACAGAGGAUCACAUCCAUUUCCUCCAGAGUUAUCAGUCUCUCUCCAGUAUCAGUGUAUCUUCAGACUUACCCAGCAUCGUUGUCCGUCCUCUUCAGUACUUUGGAGAUGUGAGUAAGUCUGUGUCUGAACUGAGAGAGAAACUAGAAGACUUCCUUAAAGGAGAAUGGACCAAGAUCUCCACUACAGUGAAUAUAGUGGAUGUUGUACUGCCUCCAGAGCCCAAGACCAGAGAACAGUUGUUACAAUAUUCCUGUCAGCUCACACUGGACCCAAACACAGCAUACACACACCUCUCUCUGUCUGAAGGGAACAGAAAGGUGACCUAUACAGACCAAGUCCAACCAUAUCCUGACCAUCCAGACAGAUUCACCAACUGGUGUCAGGUUCUGUGUAGAGAGGGUCUGUCUGGACGCUGUUACUGGGAGGUGGAGUGGAGUGGUGAUGUUUUUGUUACAGCAGUCUCAUAUAAAGACAUCAGCAGAACAGAGACAGGGAUAGGUAGUGCAUUUGGAUUCAAUAACAAGUCCUGGAGUUUAAAUUACUAUAGUGGUGGUUAUUGUUUCAGACACAAUAGUGUUCAGACUAAAGUAUCUGGCCCUCAGUCCUCCAGAGUAGGAGUGUACCUGGAUCACAAGGCAGGUACUCUGUCCUUCUACAGUGUCUCUGACACAAUGACCCUCCUCCACAGAGUCCAGACCACAUUCACUCAGACCCUCUAUCCUGGGUUUAGUCUCAAUGGUACUGCUGAGCUGGUUAAACUGUAGUAGGGUCCACAUAGAUACUAGUCAUGGUGGUUUAGUCUAUAGCUGAG